AGACUCAUGAACACUGGUUUUGAUAUAAUGAGUAUGUUUGUAUCUCAAAACCAAUCUCUCCAGAAGGUGAAAGUUGGCUGGGCAAAUCUUGAGGUGUUCAUCCUUGAUGAAAACAUGAUCACCUGGCAUCACAGCUUUAACCAGGUCCGACCUCUUUCAGUCUGCAGUGAGUCCUGCCACCCUGGAUUUUGGAAACGAACGAAGGAAGGGGAGAAAUUUUGCUGCUACGACUGUGAUGAGUGCCCAGAAGACAACAUUUCUAACCAGUCAGAUAUGGUUGAUUGUUUCCAAUGCUCAGAGGAUCAAUAUCCAAGCAAGGAGAGAGAUCGGUGCAUCCCUAAAAUUAUUAGCUUUCUGUCCUAUGAGGAACCCUUAGGAAAAACUCUCACUGCGGUUGCUGUUUCUUUGUCCCUCAUCACACUAUUGAUACUUGGGACUUUUAUUAAACACAAAGGUACGCCCAUAGUCAAGGCCAACAAUCGGGACCUCACCUACACUCUGCUUGUCUCUCUCUUCCUCUGCUUCCUCUCUCCUCUCCUGUUUCUUGGGCAACCUGGAAGACUGACCUGCCUCCUCCAGCAAACAGUCUUUGGCAUCAUCUUCUCAGUGGCUGUUUCUUGUGUGUUGGCCAAAACCAUCACUGUGGUUGCAGCUUUCAAGGCCACCAAACCAGGGUCUGGCUUGAGGAAGUGGGUGGGGAGAAGAGUGGCGACUUCCAUUGUUCUUUCUUGCUCCCUCAUUCAAGUUGUUCUUUGCGCUGUCUGGCUAGGAACCUCUCCUCCAUUCCAAGAUUUAGACAAGCACUCAGCCAUGGAAGAAAUAUUUAUGCAGUGUAAUUUGGGGUCCAGUACCAUGUUUUACUUUGUCUUAGGAUACCUGGGACUUCUGUCCGUCCUCAACCUCACUGUGGCUUUCCUGGCCAAGAAAUUGCCAGACACAUUUAAUGAAGCCAAGUUCAUCACCUUCAGUAUGUUGAUGUUUUGUAGCGUCUGGCUCUCUUUUGUUCCUACGUAUCUGAGCACAAAGGGGAAACACUUGAUAGCUGUGGAGAUCUUCUCUCUCUUAGUCUCUAGUGCUGGGUUGCUGGGUUGUAUUUUUGGCCCCAAAUGUUACAUUCUUUUGUUCAAGCCUGAGCUGAACACCAAGGAGCAGUUGAAAAUAAGAAACAACUGA